AUGGCAAAUCAAAGGGUAGAAGUAGCUGACCAGCACAUAAUGUCACCACCUCAAUGGUAUUUGCGAUCAACUUCAGAUCCUUGGUCGAUAAAUGAAAACGAAGAAUGGACAAAAUAUUCUGAUAUUGAAUCAGAAAUUAUUGAAGAAGCGUUUAAUAAAAAUAAUAAAACAGAUCUGAUUGAAUUGGAUAACCAUUGGAUUGACUUAAAUCAAUCUCCUCAAAUCAGUAGAUUGGAAAAAAGCCAACUCAGACGAAUAAAACGGAUUAUAAAUAAUAGAAAAGAAAACAACUGUUUAAGAGAAGAAAGAUUCUUUCUUCCACUACCCUUGGGUAAGCCGUUCAAUGAGUGGUCCUAUGGCGGUAAAUGGUUUAUUAUGGAGUGGCAGCAAAAACAGCCUAACAAUGUUUCCAAUAGUGAUAAAGUUGAACAAGCAGCAAACGGAAUAAUUACAGAAGGAAAUCAGCUAGGCGAGCAUUCUCAAGCGCAGUUGAUCGCACAACAGCUGAGAGCCACGAAAAACAAGGGUGAAAUAGAAAUUAAUAAGUGUUGCAUUAAACUCUAUACAUACAGCAGUUUUCUGUACUCGUUAGUCAAUAAUACGCUGAGAGAAAAUGAUAAGACCAAAGUCGAUACUCUCGGUCCAUUUUCCUACUAUCUAUACUGUUCGUGGUAUAAUCUAGAUACAAGAACAACAAUGACAGUAUAUCGCGGUGCAAAUCUUGAUCCAGAUACAAUUCAACAUUUUAAACUAGCGGUUAACACAGAAAGAUGUUGGUUUGCAUUCACCUCCACCAGCAAAAACCAGGCUGUAGCCGCAGCAUUUGGAAAUACCUUGUUUAUUAUCGACAUGUCAAUUUCGAGUGGCUUGGAUAUCUCUUCAUACUCACAUUUUCCAGACGAGGAAGAAGUACUACUUCCAGCUGGUACAAAGUUUACCAUUCAAAAGGUUGACUACGAUUCCAAAAAUCGUCAACACAAAAUUUUUAUACAGCUUUUAGCAAAAAACACCGUCCUACAACAAAAACUGAAUAGAAUUCACUCAACAUCAACAUUUCAAUUGCAAAACGUACAACUUGAUCAAAUCGAUGCAGAAAACCUGUCCAAAGCAUUGGAAGUCAAUAAAACUCUUAUUACUCUUCAUCUUGAAAGAAACCAAAUAUCCGACAAAGGAGGUGAAGCAAUAGCCAAUGCGUUGAAAGUCAAUUGCACUCUAACUACUCUUCAUCUUGCAAGAAACCAAAUAUCCGACGAAGGAUGCGAAGCAAUCGCCCGUACAUUGCAAGUGAAUCGGACUCUCACUACUCUGCAUCUUAGUGGGAACAAAAUUGCCGACAAGGGAAGUGAAGCAAUUGCCAAAGCACUGGAAGUCAAUCAUACUCUCACUACCCUUCAUCUUGGAAAUAACGACAUAUCUGACAAAGGAGGUGAAGCAAUCGCCGAAGCAUUGCAGGCCAAUCAAACACUCACCACUCUUCAACUUAACUGGAACCAAAUAUCUGACAAAGGAUGCGAAGCAAUUGGGGAUGCACUGGAAGUCAAUUACACUCUUACUACUCUUCAUCUUGAAAGAAACCAAAUAUCUGACAAAGGAGGUGAAGCAAUAGCCAAAGCAUUGAAAGUUAAUCACACUCUUAUUAUUCUUCACCUUGAAAGAAAUCAGAUAUCUGACGAAGGAUGUGAAGCAAUCGCCCAUGCAUUGAAAGUCAAUCCGACUCUCACUACCCUACAUCUUAGCGGGAAUAAAAUUGCUGCCAAAGGAUGCGAAACAAUGGGAGAUGCAUUGAAAGUCAAUCACACUCUUACUACUCUGGAUCUUGAAAGAAACCAGAUAUCUGACAAAGGGUUCGAAGCGAUCGCCGAAGCAUUGAAAGUCAAUCACACUCUCACUACUCUUCAUCUUGAAAGAAACCAGAUAUCUGACAAAGGGUUCGAAGCGAUCGCCGAAGCAUUGAAAGUCAAUCACACUCUCACUACUCUUCAUCUUGAAAGAAACCAAAUAUUCGACAAAGGAGGUGAAGCAAUCACUGAUACAUUAAAACUCAAUCCAGCUCUCACUACUGUAAAUCUUGAAACAAACCAAAUAUCUGACACAGGAAGUGAAGCAGUCGUCACAGCAUUCCAAGCCAAUCAAACACUCACCGCUCUUCGACUUAACUGGAACCAAAUAUCUGACAAAGGAUGCGAAGCGAUCGCGGAUGCCUUGAAAGUCAAUCACAUUCUUACUACUCUUCAUCUUGAAAGCAACCAAAUAUCCGACGAAGGAUGCGAAGCAAUCUGCCAUGCAUUGAAAGUCAAUCACACUCUUACUACUCUUCAUCUUGAAAGAAACCAAAUAUCUGACAAAGGGGGUGAAGCAAUUGGCGAUGCAUUGAAAGUCAAUCCGGCUCUCACUACUCUGCAUCUUAGCGGGAACAAAAUUUCUGACAAAGGAGGUGCAGCAAUCGGUGAUGGAUUGAAGGUCAAUCGAACUGUUACUACUCUUCAUCUUGAAAGAAACCAAAUAUUUGACAAAGGAUGCGAAGCAAUCGCCCAUGCAUUGAAAAUCAAUGAAACGCUUACUACUCUUCAUCUUGAAAGAAAUCAAAUAUCUGACAAAGGAUGUGAAGCAAUCGCCCAUGCAUUGAAAAUCAAUGAAACGCUUACUACUCUUCAUCUUGAAAGAAAUCAAAUAUCUGACAAAGGAUGUGAAGCAAUCGCCCAUGCAUUGAAAAUCAAUGAAACGCUUACUACUCUUCAUCUUGAAAGAAACCAAAUAUUUGACAAAGGAUGCGAAGCAAUUGGGGAUGCAUUGAAAGUCAAUCGAAGUCUCACUGCUCUUCAUCUUGGCAAUUGCGAAAUAUCUGACAAAGGGGGUAAAGCCAUCGCUGUCGCAUUACAAGUCAAUUCGACUCUCAGUACUCUGAAUCUCGGAAACAAUAAUCUAUGUGACUAUGUAAUUCAAGAAAUCGCGGACGCAUUGAACGUGAAUGAAACACUCACUAGUCUUGAUGUUCAUGGAAACUUAAUUACUGACAUAGGAUGCGAAGCAAUCGCCGUUGCAUUGAAAGGCAAUCGAACUCUUAUUACUUUGGAUCUUGAAAGGAACCAAAUAUGUGAGAAAGGAUGCGAAGCAAUCGUUGACGCAUUAAGCAUCAAUCAUACAGUCACUGCUGUUUACGUUCACUGGAAUCAAAUUUCUGACAAAGGAUGCGAAGCAAUCGCCGAAGCAUUGAAAGUCAAUCGAACACUUGCCACUCGAAAUCUUGAAAGUGACCAAAUAACUGACAAAGGAUACGAAGCAAUCGUCGAAGGAUCCGACAUGAAUCAAGUAAUUGCUAUUAACGUUUAA